CUACAGUUUACGAUUCGAUUCGUUCGCCAAAAGAGACGCGGCCCGAGACACAUAAUUUGAUAGAAACGGGAAAAACUCGAACGGGAAAGCAUGUUCUUCGCACGGGCGGUGACGUUUAUCAUCGCCGUUGCUCUCGUCGGUGCUAACGAACAAAAGUAUGACAAGAACAUCGCCUGGACCGGCGGAUCCUUCGAAUGGCCUUGCUCGGCCACAAAGAACAUGUUCAGGACCAGCGGUCGUUACAUCUCGAAGAAUGUCCUCGCCACCAGGGCUGCGAUCUAUAAGGACGACGCUGUCCUUGCUUUACCUAGAUUUAAGCCUGGCGUGCCAGUGACCUUGGCCAGAGUGUCGUUGAAGGAUAAGAACUGCCAGGCCAAUCUUCUCCCUUUCCCUUGUUGGUCCCUCCAAGAAGAAGGAACGUGUUCCGCGUUGCAAAACGUCGUGGACAUCUACUUGGACCCUCAAGAAAUCCUGUGGGCACUGGACACGGGCGUCGUAAAUUCCCUCGAACAGCCCGAACGAAAAUGCCCGCCAAAGGUUGUCGCCCUGAACAUAAAAACCGGCAAGGUCGUAAAAAUCGUCGACCUGUCCGGCCUGACAAACACCGCGUCCCGACUGCAGUAUGUCGUGGCCGACUACAAUUCGGACGGACGGGUGUUCAUCUACGUGACUGACGCGGCUUCGAGGGCGAUCCUGGUAUACGACGUGACUUCCGGUCGCGGCUACCGCGUCAUCCUUCCUCAGGCCGUGACCACGAACUGUAACCGCAGGGACGUGCUAUACGAGGCGCUGAUGCACCACCAGGACGGUAGCACCUGCCUCAUCUUCACGUACCUGGGCGCCAGCCAUCUGUUCUCCAUCCGAACGGAUCACCUCCGGAACGGAUACACCCAGGGCAAGAUACACGAUCUCGGCAUCAAGCCCGCGCGUCUCGUCGUCCUGGGCACCGACAACGGCAACGCGCUCUUCUUCCGUUACGAGGGUAACGCCGAGGUCUACAGAUGGGACACCAACACACCCUUCGUGUCCGCCAACUUCCAGCCGGUCUACACCAGCACCGAGUGCGCCCUGGCCACGCACAUCGUGCCCGAUUACAAGAGGGGCCAGAUGCGUGUCCUGGAGAGCAACUUCCCGGAUUACAUGCAAGGCACCGUCGGUUGCGGCGCCAAUCACGCGUUGAAUCUUAUGUAAAGAGCAAGAAAGAAAGAGAGAGAGAGUCCCUCUCGCUCUGCCGAUUGCGACUAGUCAAGGAGAUGGUAUUGUUAUUAAAAAGGGCGCGCUAAUAAGGGAUUUUCCGGUUUUUAUUUUUUUUUUUUGGCUCGGAAAAUCGAUUCAUUCAAUUCAUUCAUAAUUCUCGAUGUUUACUUCUCCACCUACGCUAUAAAUAACGUACCUUGCGCCGAUUGUCGUAUCUCCAUUGCUAUAAAUGUAGACAUAGAAGUAAAAAAUACACACACAUAUAGGCAUAUGCACGUUUACUUUAUCAUCUUUUAGCGUCGAAAUUUGAGUGCAACGAAAAAUUAUGUCGGCUGCGAUGCGUUCUUUGCAUAGCCGACGAAGCAAAAACUCUUCAACAGUAAGCAAAAUGUCAAUCGCUGACAUUCGACGAGCGAAGAAAUAAAUGUAUUUUAAAAA